GAGAGGAGGGCAGGAGGGGAGAGGGGUCUCACCAGGAGAGAUGCCCUGCGGUUAUUUUAUUCCCUCUCGUGCGUUUUAAGUAAAAGGAUUUUUUAAAAAAAAAUAUCUAUAUAUGCAUUAUAUUUUAUAUAUAUAUAUAUUGCAAACAAACGUUUUGAGUCGAUUUCCAUCCGUUCAGCGGUGAGGAAGACAACCGCGCACUUCGCCAACUGGAGCGAGCACAGCAAUACGGGGAGAAACUUUGGGGACCGAAAGCGUUCCGAGCGAAUCAAGGAUUAGAAAUUAAAAUUCCAAUUCCAAUUAAAAUAUCUGCGGCGGAUUCAUUUUGGAUGAAGCAAAUGGUGCACUAAACGCGGUCGGUCUGAAAGCAAAGCAAGAGGGAGCCAUGGCACGGCCAGAAGGGAAGGAUUCUGGGAGGGUGAACAACAGCAGCAUUGAGAACGUGGAGGAAGAGGGUCCACCAGCAAGUGAGAGUUUCCCACUGUCCUCGCUUGCUAACCUGUUUGAGAACGAUGAGAGCAAUUCCACCCUGGAGGUCUCAAGGGGGGCGCUCCGAGAGAACGGGGAGAGUAAUAAGCAAAACCUUAGGGCCAAAUUCCACGGAGCAUUUAAAAACAGAAUGCCAAAUCCAAUGGAUCUUUUGGAGUCUUCAAUCUAUGACUCGUCCAUUCCCAGUAUGGCUCCUGCACCCAAGAAGGCUCCCAUGGACUCUCUGUUUGACUACGGCACCUACAGGCAGAGCAGUGAUGAGAAACGGAAAAGAAAGAAGCUCCCCAAAGAUAAAGCCCCGAAGGUGAAGCCUCCUGCACCCGAUCCUCCGCCUGUGCUCAAGGUCUUUAACAGGGUUCUUCUGUUCGACAUUGUGUCCCGAGGGGUCGUCAGUGAGCUGGAUGGGCUCCUCAGCUUUCUACUGAGUCAGAAGAAGCGUCUGACGGAUGAGGAAUUUAGAGAACCUUCCACAGGAAAGACAUGCUUGCCAAAAGCGCUGUUAAACCUGAACAACGGGAAGAACGAUGCAAUCCCGGUGCUGCUUGAGAUAGCGGAGAAAACAGGAAACCUUCGAGAGUUUAUCAACGCCCCGUUCCGGGAUGUUUAUUACAGGGGUCAGAUCGCACUGCACAUUGCUAUCGAGCGCCGCUGUAAACACUAUGUGGAGUUACUGGUUGAAAAGGAGGUGGAUGUUCACGCUCAGGCCCGAGGCAAAUUCUUCCAACCCAAAGACGAAGGCGGAUACUUCUAUUUCGGUGAGCUGCCACUGUCCCUGGCCGCCUGCACCAACCAGCCUGAUAUUGUUCACUACCUCACCGAGAAUCCACAUAAGGUGGCGGAUCUGCGACGGCAGGACUCGCGGGGAAACACCGUCCUCCACGCUCUGGUCGCUAUCGCUGACAAUACCAGGGAAAACACAAAGUUUUUGACUAAAAUGUACGAUUUACUCCUCAUCAAAUGUGCCAAGUUGUAUCCGGACUGCAACCUGGAGGUUAUCUUAAACAAUGACGGGCUAUCGCCACUCAAGAUGGCAGCAAAGCUGGGCAAGAUUGGGAUUUUUCAACACAUUAUCAGGAGAGAAAUCAAAGAUGAAAGCGCUCGUCACUUUUCUCGGAAGUUUCGAGAUUGGGCAUAUGGUCCCGUGUCCUCCUCCCUUUAUGAUCUCUCAGCAAUAGAUACCUGUGGGGAGGAGGUCUCACUUCUAGAGAUCCUGGUCUACAAUGGAAAGAUUGAGAAUCGCUAUGAAAUGUUGGCUGUGGAACCAAUCAAUGAACUCUUACGUGACAAGUGGAAGAAGUUUGCGGCCGUCUCAUUCUACCUCAGCGUCAUCUCCUAUCUGACAGCCAUGGUUAUAUUUACCCUAAUCGCCUACUAUAGGCCGUCAGAUGGCAAACCUCCUUAUCCUUAUAACACCACAGCAGAUUUUAUGCGAAUGGGAGGAGAGAUCAUCACUGUUGUCACAGCCAUCUUCUUUUUCUUCACAAAUGUUAAGGAUUUGUUCCUGAAGAAAUGUCCUGGAGUGAAUUCCAUGUUCAUUGAUGGAUCAUUUCAGCUUUUGUAUUUUAUUUAUUCCAUCCUGGUGUUGGUAUCAGCUGGGCUGUACUUGGCUGGUGAGGAGUCCUAUCUUGGUGUAAUGGUGUUUGCUCUGGUCUUAGGCUGGAUAAACACAAUGUACUUCACCAGAGGCCUGAAGCUUACAGGGACCUACAGCAUCAUGAUACAGAAGAUCCUGGUUAAGGAUCUUUUCAGAUUCCUUCUGGUUUACCUGCUGUUCAUGAUUGGUUUCACGUCAGCUCUGGUCUCACUACUGGUAACGUGUCCCAUUAACGAGUUUGAAAUCUGCGACAUAACAUCCGAUUCACCAAAUUGCACAAGUUCAACGUAUCCCAUCUGCAGAGAUAACUUGUCCUUCAGCAAAUUCCUCUUGGAGCUCUUCAGACUGACCAUUGGCAUGGGUGACCUGGAUGUUAUCAACAGUGCCAAGUUCCCCAUCGUCUUUGUCAUCUUGCUGGUUUCCUACAUCAUCCUGACCUUCGUGCUCCUGCUUAACAUGUUAAUCGCUUUGAUGGGUGAAACCGUGGGGCAGGUCUCGAAGAAGAGCAAGCAAAUUUGGAAACUACAGUGGGCUACAACAAUCCUGGACGUCGAGAGAUCAUUCCCAAUAUGUCUAAGGAAAGCAUUCCGUUCAGGGGAGAUGGUUACUGUGGGGAUCAAUUCUGAUGGCACUCCGGACCGGCGAUGGUGCUUUAGAGUAGAUGAAGUGAAUUGGUCGCAUUGGAAUCAAAAUGUUGGAAUUAUUAAUGAGGACCCAGGGAGGAAUGACAUUUACCAGUUCGAUGGCGGCAUCAAUCAAACCAUGGGUCGCCUGCGCCGAGAUCGCUGGUCGACUGUGGUUCCACGUGUUGUGGAGCUGAAUAAACCCUCCCGUGCUGAUGAGUAUGUGGUAGGAAUGGAACACAUCUCAAUGGACCAUCCGCGAGAAAGAAAGUAUGGAUACGGCCAAUCGCAACGAAACAUCCACUGGAAAAGGGCCGAGUCGCACAUUUAAGUUAUUACUGUGCAGCAUUAUUUCUGAAACCUGGCAUUAAAUCAAACCAUGGUGGAGGGACCUUAUAGGGUAGGGACAAGGAUUAUACAGUUCAGUGGAGUGCCUCUUAUGGCAAUCUGUUAAGCCAGCACAAAAAUCCUAUUGCUGUAUAGAGUAUUCA